AGUUCUUGAUUGGCUUUUUAAUCGUACGGUUUGUUCGACUAAAUAACACAUUUUUUUUGCUGUCGAAUAUUGUCUUUAAAAUUUCAUUUUUAAUAGAAAAGAAUAAUUAAUUAACACAUCCGUGUGAAUGAUUUUUAAUCCAGUCUGCGAUUCGUAUCAAAUUUAUAUCUGUUUCGAGUUUAAAAGUAAAUAAAUAAAACUAAAUGGAAAGACGAUAACAAUAAUAAUAAUAAUAAUAAUAAUAAAAUUGAUUUUGGGUGUUACGCAUUUCGAAAAGAAGAAGAAAUUAAUACAAAAGUGACCAUUUUUCUGUUCCGUUUUUUUUCUUUCUCUCUAAUGCUUACAAAACAAUUAUAAUUUUAGAAAAGAGAAACAAAUAAAUUCUGUUGAGCUGCAAGUGUAACCAAUUUUUUUUUUUUUGAUUUUUCUUUUUCUUAUUAUUCAGGAGAAAAAAAUUCAACGCGACUGGCGAUCAAGAAUAUCAAGUAAAACGACUCACGUACAUAUAAUAUCAUUUUUGUUUUAUUAAUGUGUGCGUUUUGAUGACGAAUUAAAAGUAAAUAAAAAAAGGAAAGAAAAGAAAAACUAAAAAAUUAAAUUUAUUAGAAUAAAAUUGCCAAUAUAUAUAAUACAGAAAAAGGAAUAACUAUAAACAAAGCAACAGUCCAUUGUGAAGAAUCUAAAGUGAUUAUAAAAAAUUUUGUAUUCAAAAUGAGUAAUUGUGAUAAUAACAAUCAGCAAACUACACAGAGUAUAGCUGACUAUUUGGCUCAGCUACUUAAAGACAGAAAGCAGCUAGCUGCUUUUCCGAAUGUCUUCAAUCACAUUGAACGUUUAUUAGACGAAGAAAUAGCCAAAGUUAGAGCAAGUUUAUUCCAAAUAAAUGGCGUACAAAAGACACCAUUACAGCUACCAGAACCAGAUGGAACACCAGUCACAUUAAAUGAAAAAGUCUAUGUGCCAGUCAAAGAACACCCAGAUUUCAAUUUUGUUGGAAGAAUUCUUGGACCCAGAGGUAUGACAGCUAAACAGUUAGAACAGGAAACAGGUUGUAAAAUCAUGGUACGGGGAAAAGGAUCAAUGAGAGAUAAAAAGAAGGAAGAUGCGAAUCGAGGCAAACCAAAUUGGGAACAUUUAUCUGAUGAAUUGCAUGUGUUGAUUACAGUUGAAGACACAGAAAAUCGUGCACAAAUGAAAUUAGAACGUGCCGUUGAAGAAGUACAAAAGCUUUUAAUACCGCAAGCCGAUGGUGAAGAUGAACUUAAGAAAAGACAACUUAUGGAAUUGGCUAUUAUUAAUGGUACAUACAGAGAUUCCAGCACGAAAACAGCUGCUGCAGAAGAUAUUCACCUUCUAGCCUGCGAAGAGGAAUGGCGUCGUUUGGCCCAAUCAGCUGCCGAAAAUCGCAUUCUAUCACCAGCCAUGGCACCGGGACUCCAACAACAAUUGCGUUCACCUGGUCAGCCGUUGGGCGCACCAUUGAUUCUGUCACCGCGCAUGUCCGUACCGACAACAGCAGCCAGCCUAUUGUCUGCAUCGGCUCCGCCCAAUAUGGAACAUGCUGGCCUCAUAUACGCGACCCCAUAUCCAGAUUACACAAAUUAUGCUGCUCUGGCUGGUAAUCCUCUACUACAGGAAUAUGCGGAUCAUAGCGGCGCAAUAAAGCAACAACGGCGUUUGGCCGCAGCCAGGGAACACCCCUACACAAGGGCCGGGGCACUCUCGUAAUUUGUUGUUGUCUCAAUAGAAAAAUUGUUUCAAAAGAAAAGCAAUGCUAUGUGACGUGCUAACACCCAACAAAAUAAACAAACAAAAAAUAUAUAUCUGUAUAUGAACAUGCAUUUUAUAAACAUAUACAAUAUAUCACCGCAUCUUCACCACUAUGUGCAACUUCUAUAAAAAAAAACCAAUUAAAACUACUAAACCCAAUAAAACAAAACUUCACACAGACCAAAUUAGAUAAAAGCGGAUUCAUCACUUCCAUCGUUUUAACGCGUAAAAGGAUAAUGUAAUGCCUUGGGAAGCCAACCGUUGGAUAAUUGUAUCCAGUGAAAUGAGAAGAAUUUGCAGAAAAUAAAAAUUUGGAUUGGUUUUCGUAUACACUUAUCUACGAAUGGAGGAAAUGAAAACUGUUUGUAUUUUAUAUUCUUGCAUUCAGUUGGAAGGAUUGUUAUCCAAUUUCCUUUUUUACAUAUAUUUUUUGGUAAGUAUAUAUCCGAAGUCUUCUAAAAAUAAACGAAAUUUUUUUCUUUUAUUAUUUCACGAGAUCAAAAAUGCAAUAAUUUACAAAUUUUAUUUAUAUUCUAUGGAAAUAAAUUAUAGAAAAUUAAUUUAAUUUAAUUAAAAAAAAUUAAAACAAAAAAACGAGAAAGGAAUUAUAUAAAAUGAAUAGUGCAAAAAUAUAAAAAAAAUAAAAAAUAUUAAAAAAAAAUAAAUUUUAAUAUUCGUAAUUAAUUAAUUAAAAUUAAUAAAUUAAGUGCCUUAAUAUGUAUAAAUAAAUAAAAAAAAAAACAUAUUUAAAACAGUAAUUAUUAUAUGUCACCUCUACACAACAAUAAACGUUUCAUAUUUGAUGUUUUCUUUCGUGUAUUAAUAUUAUCCUAGUUUUAGAUAAAUAAAUUUAUAAAACAAAAACUGCAAAAUGAUGGAAUUGAUCUUUUUAUUAUAUAAAACAAACAAAAAAAUAAAAUUUAGAUCUUAUUCUAACAAAUAAGGCGAGAAGAUUCUUUUUCAAUCGAAGCGAAUACUCAGUUACACAACUAGGAAUACAAGUUUUAAAAAUAACCAACUUUCGUGUGAUUUUUGUUGAUUCGAGGCGAAGCCGAGGUCAGAAAUAUUUAUUGAAAACAUAAGUUUUCUUAUGUUGUUCCGAAUUGUGUAAAAAAGAUUUUAACUGCAAAGAAAGUCGGAAGAGAUGUUUCAAAUAUGAAAAUUCCGCAUUCUGACCCAGGCAGCAUGGUAAUUAUAUUUAAUAUUAUAAAAUCUUCUUUUCAAUCUUCAAAGAAAAACGCGUUUAUUGAUGAAAAAAGAAAUCAGAAUGACAAUCGCAGCGCUUUUCGGAUAGUUUUCACUGCAUAUUUCUAAAGACAAUAUUAUUUUACUUCGAUUGCAAAUAAUUUCAAGAAAUUCUUCUCGCCUGAUUCUUCAAAUAUCAUCAAAGAACUAAUGAAUCUCCACUUCAUAUUCGUCGUUUUUUUCUGUCUAAAAUAUAGUUUUAAUGAAUAAACACGAGAUUUUUUUAUUUGAAUGCAUUUCUGUUGAUUUAUUGUUAAUGUCAUUUUAUAUUUUUCACGUUUUUAAUUAAUCAUUCAAGUUGCAAUAUUCACACACAGUUACAUUUUAAAAUUACUUAUAGUUCUAAUUUAAGAAAAACAAAAAAGAAAUGAGAUGAAUGAAAUUGAUGUCUCUGAUUACAGCAGACAUUUUUUUCGUCAUAUCACUCACUUUCCUAGAAAUUAUGUAGAGCUUCAAGUUACGCCCAAAAUUCGGUAAAUUAUUUUGUGUAACACGUUCACGAACGUAAGUCACUCGAAAAAAUGCCAUCAGAUCAAUUACUCGCUCGGACAUUUCAUAUGUCCUUUACACAAGUUCUGUCAGAAUGUAAGUUUCACUACACACAAUAAUUUACAGUUUGAAAAAAAAAAUGUUUUUUUUAUCGAAACGGGAAAAACGCAUGCUCAACACAACUGCAUCAGAAUAGUACAUAAAGCUUUGCCAUUUAAUUAAAGCAACUAAGUGAGACGAAAAAAGUCAACAAGUAAAGGUUUCUGGAUAUAUAUCCUUUAACUGGGAACAAACUGAUCGUUCUUAAAUUAAGCAAGACUUUAUGCACUCUUUUGAUGGUUCCUAUCUUCUAUCUGAUAGUAUAUUUGUUUUCAAUAUUUAUUAACUUAUCAGGUAGAUAAAACUCGGAAUGAGUGGACUGAUUUCAACCGUGGUCAAUUAAAUAAAACUCUGAACUGAGCCUGGACCUUAUUCAAAAUUGUAAGAUCAGGUUGUCGGUAAAUUAUUUGAAUUGUAUUGCCCCACUGUCUUCAAAAGAGUAUAGUACAAAUGAAGGGAAAUGGUGACCUUUCUUCUUAUAGUGCGAGUAAUUGGGACCUUGAAAAUUUGAAACUCUACAAAUCCUGAAGGAAAACCUGUAAAAAAACCGAAUGCAAUAAUUUCUCGAAUUUAAGAAUUUCUUUAUUUAAAAAAAAAGAAUCAAAACUCUAUUCUCAAGUUGUUUAUAAUUAAGUUCAUAUUUCUCGAUUGUUUCGUAAACGGUUAAUGUCGCAAUCAAAAUUUUAUUUUCAACUCCGAAACGACGCACAAAAUAACUUUGAAGUGAAAUAUCCAUUUUGUACAUUUAAAAUUUGUGUAAACAGUGAAAACACACGGUAAAAAAUUGCCACGAAUUUUAAUUUAUAACAUUUUUAUGUCAUUCGUCAAAUUGUACAGCAAGAACAAAUUUUCAAAACAUCUAUGUCGUUUUGUGAGUGUGUGAACAAUAUUCCAACACACAACAUUCAGAUCAUCAGCAGGAAAAUCAUCAUAAAAUCCGACCAUUUUUCUUCAAAUUUCUAUAUUUGAAAACCAUAUCAUUUUCAUGGGAUAUCAAACGAAUUUAUAGGAAAUGUGAAAUGUUCUGAAGAAAGAAAAAAAAAUAAAAUUAGAAGAAAAAAAUUCUUUACUUAAUAACGUUGACAGGUAAAUGUGAACGCCAAAAUUAUUAUUAUUUUUUCACUCGUGAGUUCUCUCUGUUCCUCAGUUCUUACACAAUAUAUAAAAAUAUCGUUCAUCUCAACGUAAAGUGAUGAAUAUCUUACUUUCCGUUUGUAAUGUUAAAGCGAUAGAUAUGUUUUAUUGCUUCCAGGUGACUCAGGCACUAUUAAUCUACUCCUCUGCUCGGUUGCGAACACACGAAAAUCUUUCAUUUUUUUAACGAUUACUAAAUGCUUUAAAAUGAUUUACAUCUUUCGUGACGAAUGAUAUCACGCAUUAUGAUAUCAUGUUACCAACCCGGUUUUGAAUGAACAUAAAUCUUUCUGACAUUUUCAACGCUUUUGAUUUUUCUGUUGAAAAUGAUUGUUUUUUGUUCCUUUUAACCGCGACGUUUUCAAUAAAAAUAAAAAUGGAACUCCUUCAAUGUGUCCGAUUUCAAGGGAAUAAACAAUUUCCUUCAAUGUUAAGACCAAUAUUUGUGAUCAGUAUAUAGUUUCUCGAAUUUUUUUUUUCUUCAUUCAAUUUACUCACCUCAUCAGUGCAUCAUUAUUGUCACACAAUAAUCGUUUUUAAACAGCUUCAAUUUGGAGCAUGUUACCUUCCGUCGACAUAGUUUUUGUCAGAGAAGAACAUGUUUUAUUUCAAUUGUGGAAAUUUGGAUCAACUCUUACAGUUUCAAAUCUAUCGAAUUGAUUUGUAGGUAUUGUCCCAUUUUAUAAAAGACUGGUACGAAUAGAAAGUAGGGACGUGUCGUUCGAUGAUUUGAUGGACGUUAAAAUGUUUUGCAACAAUUUUACUUAAAAUCGAUAUUCAGUUCGGUAAAAAUCAUUUUCAUUUUCGAUAAAAUCGUUUUAUUGACGAAAUGCAAUCUUGAGAACUUUUUCGUUCUUCCCUUGAAUAUUUCUCUCGAAUUUAACACUUAGAUCUGUAAAAAUAAAAUUAAUUUUUUUUGUGCCAAGUAAGAAUCUUAACGAAACUAAUUUGAAAUGAAAUGAGAAGAAACUUUAUUAAUGUUAAUGAAUUUAGUCCUAAUGAAAAAAAAAUUAUUUAAAAUCGAAAGGAAGGAGAGAAUAUUAAAUAGUUGUUACUUAAAUGUAAAUCCAUCCAACAAUUAAAUGUUAAUGAAACAUUAAACUAAAACUAAAAUAAUGAAAUAAAAAAAAAUUAUUUUAAGAAAUUUAAAAUUUUUAUUGAACUAAAAGUGUACUUAUAGUCGUAAUAGAAAUUUUUAAUUAAAAUUAAUAAAAUAAAAUCAAAGAAUAAAAAACUCCGGCAACUUCGACAAACGUUUGGAUUACAAAAUACAAAUUACUUUUCAUAUUUCUGUCCACAGAAAAGCUUUGGUUUGGUUAAAUUUGUUUUUCGUGUGAAUUUAAUUUUUUUUGACUGCAAAGCAUUUCAUAUUUGUAAACAAUUGAGUGAACCAUUAGAAUCAUUAUAAAGCUCGCUGGUUCUCUCACGGAGGGGCGUUCAUAUCAAUUUUUAUGCGUCAAAUUUUCACGCUGCAAGUGCGUAUUAUAAUUUUAAUUUUAAGUGAACGAUGGAUCGAAAAAUUAACAAAAAAAAAUAAAUUUAAAACGCUAUGAGAAUGAGACGAUUCAACGCUAUGGUAAAAAGACCGUCACACGUUACUUUUUGAAUUUCCAGAGCACUUUCGGCGUGAAUAAUAAACGGAAAAUAAACUCUAACCAAACGUAGAAGCGAAACAAAACAAAAUCGAAAAAUAGCCCAAUAAUUUCUACAACCAAAAA